CUGCACGCCUGUGGCUCCGGGUUUGCUGGAGGAGGGGUGAGAGCCAAGCCGGCAGGAGAAUCCUGAGCCGUUCGCAGCCUUGCUGCCGCCGCUGCCUGCGCGGCCAUGGGCGAGCGCUGGGCUGCGCGGCUGUGCCUGCCUCGCCUGCCAGCCCCGUGGCCGUGCCCAGCUCCCUCCUGCCUGCCUCAGCCAGCCAUGCACAGCAGGAUAUAAACAAAGCUGCCUCUGGACAUGUCAUGGCUUAAAAUAGAUGUUCCUACAUCAGCCCUUCUCCAGCGGCGGCGGCGGCGAGACAUGGCCGACUGGAUCUGACUCCUGCACUCCCUCCGCGCUGAGGAAUCCCGGCCCUCACCAAGGACCGUGGGUGGCAGAAGCAGCAGAAGCGACCUGCAGGCCCCUCUCCGGCCUUCAGGAGCCCACAGGUAUGCCUUGUGGGUCUGGACAGCUCCAAUGGCUUUCCUGUCCAGGUUCUCCAGGAACAGCACCAGGUCGCCCAGCCGGGGCCCACGGGAGGAGCGCCACAGCCACCCCAUCCUCAGCAUCUUCGAGCUUGAGAGGCUGCUCUACACAGGGAAGACAGCCUGCAACCAUGCUGAUGAGGUCUGGCCAGGGCUCUACCUGGGUGACCACCGUCUCUCUGCUCUGCUUCUGGCUCCCCGCAGGGAUAUAGCAGCCAACCGGCGCGAGCUGGCCCAGCUGCGCAUCACCCACGUCCUCAACGCCUCCCACAGCCGCUGGAGGGGGGGUGCCGAGUACUACGAGGGCACAGGCAUCCACUACCUGGGCAUCGAGGCCCACGACUCCCCUUCCUUCGACAUGAGCCCCUACUUCUACCCCGCCGCUGACUUCAUCCACCAGGCGCUGAACGAAGGAAGGAUCCUUGUGCACUGUGCUGUGGGGGUGAGCAGGUCAGCCACCUUGGUCCUCGCCUACCUCAUGAUCCGCCACCACAUGCCCCUUGUAGAAGCCAUAAAGACAGUCAAGGACCACCGUGGUAUCAUCCCCAACCGGGGCUUCCUGCGCCAGCUGGUCGCCCUGGACAAUGCCCUGAGGCUGAAGAGGAGCUCCUGAAGGAGGAGGAGGAGGAGGAGGAGGGAGGGGGGGAUGGGGGGAGCGUUGUGUGUGUGCUGCUCACCUCACCCCCAUGCCCACAUGCAGGAGGCAGACCUUGGCAGCUGAUGGGCUAAUGAGCAGCUGGCCCCUGGGCCUCCCCCUCAGCUAAGGGAGUCCCCAGACCCAGAGCUCUUCCCAGUGGUGAAGCAUAGACCCUCAACCUGCAAUCUUACCACCUAGGUAGGCCUGACAUGUAGCCUCCUUCCCAGCCUGCUCGCUCCAAGAUGCCUCCAGGGGGACUCAGCCCCACGUUUCAGGUUACUCUGGAUCCGUGCUGGCUCCAGGAAGCCUCCCAAGCUGCUUCUCCCACGUGGCAGAUGCAUUUGCCAAGCCAGUCCUGUCCCUCCCUCGCAGGAGUCUGAAGCUCUGUGUGUUCCUUGUCUUGUUCCCCCCACGUGUUUUUGGUCUGUGAAUCGGGUCUGGUGCCUGGGCUCAGGCAAACAGCCCUUUUGUCGUGGUGUUUGAUGUCCUCCAUGCCUGGUGUUCCCUGAUAGAAUAAAGACAAAAAGU